AACUGAUCUGAGACAGAGAACCCUGCAUGCAGAGGAGAAGGACAGAGGCCUAGUCACUGAGAAUGGUUUAUGCCUUGGUGGAAUGGGCAGGACACAGGGCUUUGAAUGUCUCCCCUGCUGGGAGUGCAGAUUUUCAGUACAACGUGGGACAUGGCUGAUACAGCUCUGUCAAGAGCCGAGGCAAGAGGUAAGUGUACCCCCUCCAUCUCCUCUCCCCAAUGGCUUUUCAGAGACCAAGCCUUGUCAAUGAUUAGAGUGCUAACUGAUACUUGCUCACUCUUGUGUCUAGAGAGCCUGAAGCUCGCUGGGCACUCGGGAACUUUUAAAUGGAGGGAAUGAGGGAGGAAGGAAAAGUGUUCUUGUUUCACUUCUGUUGCUGCUGCCCUGACAAAAAGCAACUUAGAAGAGAGUUUGUCUUAGAUCACAAUGCCAGGGUUACUGUCUGUUACCAUAGCAGAGACAAGGAGGCAGGAACCUGAAGCAGCCGUUGACAUCAUUUCCACGGUCAAGAGCAGAGGGAAGCAGAUGAAUGCGUGUCUAAUAGUCAUCUGGCUCUCUGUUCUUACAUAGUCCAGGACCCUCGGGGAAUGGGGCUACCACUUUCAGGCUUGGUCCCCCCACAUCAAUUAAGGCUAGCAACAGGCCAACCUGAUCUAGAUAGUCCCUCACUAAGAGGAAAUAGAUAGGUCAACAGUUGGGCCUAGUGAGUAGAAAGAGUUUUAGAUAAGCAUGACUAAUGCCUUUCCUGGUCACCUCUGGGGCUCACUCUGCUAUAUUUCAACUCUCCUAGAGUCAACAGCUUGCAGGAAAACUUACUGUUGUUGUACUCUCAGCUAAUUCUAUUGCAUUAGGGGAGCUGGCCAUCGAUGCACGUAAAGGCAAGCCUGGGUAAUAAUAGCACAAAAAGAGGAAGAGUUAAGGAGAGGCUCUCCUUGAAGAGAGAGUAGCUGCUUGUCCAGGGCCUUUGUCUCACCCAUGGAUUAUCCCUAGCUACUAGAGUCUAAAUCCAGUGACAGUCCCGUAAGUGCCCACACUGGUUUCUCUUGUGGCUGCACAUUCUUCAGCAAGGCAAUGUCAGGGGGCCUGACUCAUCAGAAAUAGUUCCUCAGAAUCCUGCGUAUCACCAGGUGCCCGUGGGUGCUUUACACAAAAGCUGCUGUCUCAAGAAGCGCAUCAAGAUAACGUAAAAACAACAGAUUGACGGCAGUCACCGGAGAGCCAUACACCUCUAACCACACAUUUUGUUUAUUUUUCACGGUGUUUCCUUUACGGCCUUUCUUGUGGCUCGCCCUAUGCAGUUUGUGUACUUGCCAAGAGCAUUAUCUGUUUUAACGCUGCUCUUACCUAACUCAGUUUUUCCGAGACCCUCUUCUCACAGGCUUAGUUUCGCCUCACACCUGCAGCGGGCCAGUUUUCAGUCAGAGGGGAGGCCACAUCUGCUUCCUGGGCGCCCUCUGGUCAGAAGCAUGUAUGGCUGGCUGUUGCUGACCUGGGUCCAGGGGCUGAUACUGGCUGCCUUCCUCGCUUCAGGAGCCACAGCAACUAUGAUAGAGACAAACAGGAACAUUUCCGCAGAGGAAGGAGGUUCUGUCAUCUUACAGUGCCUAUUCUUCUCCAACACUUCUGAAGUGACUCAGGUCAACUGGGAGCAGCAGGACCAGCUUCUGGCGGUUUACAGUGCUGACCAGGGGUGGCAUGUCUCUUCAGUCUUCAGUGAGCGUGUGGUUCCAGGCCCCAAACUAGGCCUCACCUUCCAGUCACUAACAAGGAAUGACACGGGGGAGUACUUCUGCACCUAUCACACCUAUCCUGAUGGGAUUUUCAAGGGGAGAAUAUUCCUGAAGGUCCAAGAAAGCUCAGCGGCUCAGUUCCAGACUGCAUUGCUUGGAGGAGCCAUGGCGGCUGUGCUGGGACUCAUCUGCCUAAUGAUCACAGGGGUGACUGUACUAGCUAGAAAGAAGUAUCUCAGACUCCAGUCUAUGGAAAGUGGCCUUGGGAGAAUGGCAGCUGAGCCACAGGAAAUGAGCCUCAGGAUUCUCUCGUCCCCCGGAGGCCCUGUCCAGACAGAAGCUGCCCCUGCUGGCUUCUGUGUAGAGGAAGAUGACUAUGCUGAACCACGAGACUACUUCAAUGUUCUGGGCUACCGAAGCCUAGAGAGCUUCAGCGUCCUAGCGAAGACUGUCUGAGGACGGUUUUAUCCCACCCUGCCUCCCUCUCUCCCUGUCCCUGUGUGUGUUUGUGUGUCUGUAUCUGUCUGUGGUUAGUGAAGGGAAGGCAACUUCUUUUCAAGUUCACCUCUUCUACCCUUCUCUUCAAUUUCUCUGUGAUAGACCCAAGGUACACAGCUUGUGACAUGAUUAUAAAUGGAAAUUUGAAAAUUAA